ACCAAUUAUAUGCUUGUGCUUGUAGUGGUGAUAAAAAUAAUAGUGCUCGAACUUGUGAUGAUAAAUUUAAUGGUAUUUGUAUUUGCAAGUAUGAAGAUAGUGAUAAAAUUGUAGUAAUGACUAUGUAUUUGGCUGAGAUAAUAGUAAUAGCUAUGUAUUUGGUUGAAAUAAUAGUGGUAAUUAUGUAUUUGGUUGAGAUAGUAGUGGUAGCUCUGUAUUUAGUUGAAGUUGAGAUAGUUGUGAAUGAAAAAAAAGUGGAUUCUAACAAAUAUAUCAUAUCUGAUGACUAUAUAGAAAGCAUUGCAAAAUUUAUUUAA